UUCCUAUACUACCUCUUGUUGGUUCCGAGCAACAAAGGAGGAUCAUAAACAAGUCAAAUAUUUGUUUCUUAGCCAUGUAUAUAAUAUACUGUUAAAUAUUCAAUAUGAUUUCACGAGAUUUAGUUUCAUUCAAGUAACAUAUUUUAGCGAUCUUUCCAGCUGUGUCAUCAUAUUUGGGGCUCAAAUUCGAAAUGCAAAGGUAUUUUUGCAUAGUCUUAACCGUUGAGCUGUCAACCUUUAUUGUGUCACGGUUGUUCAACACUUAGUAUAACAAGUGUGACUAAGAAUUUUUUCAGAACAAUAGAACUCUUUCUUUUUCAUCAUGGCAACUUUUUGAAUAAUUCUUGAAACAACCAAGAAAUUAAAAACUAAGGUUAGGUAAAGUAGAAAGUAUCAAAGAAAGCUAUGCUUAUACCUGCUACAUAAAAUUACUUAUUGAUUUGAAGCUCUUGGAUCUAAGAGUUUACUUAGGUAUUAAAUUUGCAAUAAAUAAAAUUCAUACAUUUGAUGAAUUUCUCGAUACAAAUAUAGAGUUUAUUGUAUUCAAUAUCCUAAAUUCACCCGUAUUAUUUAAUACAUGAUAAUGAGCAACUAUAUUUAUCGAUUAGACAUGUAUAAUCACAAUUUUGCUUCACUUAGAGUCAAUAUUCUUUGGAAAUAGUUUCUCUACCUCUAUCUAGCUAGUAGCGGAAAGUCUAUUAACAGUUUACUUUUCCUAGACAGCACUCGUAAGAUUUCACUAUUGUUGUAAUUGUUGCUAUAUGGUCACAAAUUUGAUGGAUUUUUAUAAAAUACAUCCACUAAUAUUUUACCAUGCCAUUAAUAAAAACAGAUUCUAUGGCUUCUAGUGAUGAUAUAUUAUUAAUAUUAUGCAUGAGUAUUUCCUUUACUACUUCAUGUCCCUAGCAAUUCUUUUAAAUAAAAUCAUUUGAUAUAAUAAAUUCAUUCCAAAGCUCAAAUUCCAGCCUUCUCGUUUAAAAAUAUAACGAUCUCAUCCAUCCCACCACAUUUAUUAAGCGCGGCGCCUCUCAACUUUCUAUCAAAUUUUGUUUCUGGUAAACUUACACAUUCAAUUUAAUUCAAAAUUGAACAAUUCUUGAAACUUUUUUGAAAUACAGUUGAUAAUAUAUACCCUACAAUAUUAAAAAUUGCUCAAUUGAAUGAAUCAUUUGACUUUGUCAGCCACUAACUUGUUCAAUUUUAAGUCCAAAUAAUACAAAAAUAUUGAUAUGCUACUUAUAAACACACUAUAAAUAAACAUGUUAAUCAUCAAAAGAAAUUAACAACUAAGAGAAAAAAAAGUUCAUCAAAACAAAAGAAUCAAACAUGGCCUGGAUUUCCACUAAAUCUUCCUUAAUGCUUCUAAUUUCAAUUUUUACAAUUGUCAUAUCCACAACAACACUAGCAAGUGAUCCAGACAUCCUUUUAGAUUUUAUGUCCCCUGAAAAUCAAACCUCUGUUGAUGGCAAUUACUUCACAUACACCGCGAUGCGCGGUAUAUUUCACAAGCCAGUAGAUAAAUGUACUACAACAAAGGCUACAAAGGCAGAGUUUCCAGUUCUUAAUGGUCAAGGUGUGUCACUAGCUGUGCUUCAGUUCCCUCCAGGUUCUGUGAACCCGCCUCACUACCAUUCUCGCGCUACUGGACUCUUUCUCCUCCUGGAAGGCGUACUAGAGGUUGGUUUUGUCGAUACGAAGGGUGUUCUGUAUACUCAGAGGCUAAAAACAGGGGAUGUUUUUCUGUUUCCUAAAGGAUUACAACAUUAUCAGUAUAAUUUUGAUCAUAAGAGAAAAGCAGUUGGUGUAGCUGCUCUUGGUAGUGCUAGUCCUGGCACUGUUUCAUUGCCAACAUCAAUUUUCAAUAGUGGAAUUAGUGAAUUGGUACUUGCUAAGUCUUUUAAGACAGAUGUUAAAACGAUUAAAAAGAUCAAAGAAGCAACCACAACACCUUGAUAUCACUCUCCAGAGUUGUCUGAUUCAGGAUUUAAAAUUUGAUACGUUCAUUGUAAUGUAAACUUAUGGGCUCAAAUCUAGUAUUUCUUGAUACAUUUCUAUACACCAUGUCGAAAGUUUACAGAUUCAGAUUAAUCUGUAGUCAAAAAGGCUACAUUUGUUCCCACAUAUUGUACUACUAUCAUUUUUUAAGUCUUUUAUUUUUUUUGUUGUGUU